CAAGAGAGGAGUUAAUUAGAGAAGGAGAUCUCAAACGGGGUGAUGAUCAAUGGGUUGGAUUUCAUUCAUGCAUGAGAAUACGCUGAGAUCGUGCCGGAGGAUAUCUCGUGGAAAGCUAAAGAUGGAGAUCAUGAGAUCGCAGAGGAAGUCGGCGGCGGACGAGGUCCCAAUCCUCUCCCUCUACCGAUCUGCGCCACAGGUCGAAGUGAUCCUCGAUGAUUUUGAGCGCUUCGCCAUCGAUCGGCUUCUAGUCCUGAAAGGGGUUUCGGAUGGCUUGUCCCGUGGGAAGAAACCGGAAGAGAUGGAAAAUUUGGUUAAGGAGCUCUGGAGAACACACAUGGGGCAUCCAGAUGCGCCUGAGACAAGAAAUAAGGAUAUAAUCUCUCAUUUCAUCCUUCGUCUAGUGUAUUGUAGAACGGAAGAUUUGAGGAAUUGGUUUCUUUCGGCGGAGACAACCUUGUUCCGAUGCCGAUAUCGGCUUGAGGGCCUUGAGACACAGAGGAUGCUCUUGGCUGAAUUUGAUUUCCCAUAUAAAGCACUUAGUCAGGCAGAAUUUGAGGUCGUGAAGGAGAAGCUAGUGCAAGUUUCACGUUCUAUUGGUCUAUCUCCCAAGGAGUCGGUCUUCUUCAAGAUGCCUUUUGAAGAAGUAUCAGACCUUGUUUCCAGCCGUAAAGUAUUCUUGCUCAAAGGUUAUGCUUAUGUUGCUAUGAGCCAAGUAUCAUCUCCAGUCACCAAACAGUUCCGCAGAAUCCUUUCAAAGGCACUUGAAUUGACUAACAGAAAGUGGACCUCUAUUUCUCAGGAGAAGGAGAAGAACCGGUUGACACCUAUUGUUGAAUCAUUAAGCUCAAGUUAUCUAGGACCUGACUAUUCUCAGCACCAGGAAUCUUCUGAGAUAUCCCUUAGGGACAUUGACCGACUGGCAAACAAUUCCUUUCCUCCUUGUAUGCGCCAUUUAUUUGAAAAGUUAAGGGAAGACCAUCACCUCAAGCAUGGGGGAAGGAUGCAACUAAGUCUUUUCCUCAAGGGUGUUGGGCUGAAAUUGGAGGAUGCCCUUACGUUUUGGAAAGCAGAAUUUUCUCAGAAGGUCAGAUGUGUUACUAUUUGUUCACUUAUUUCUUACCAACCACGUGCAUGAUGCAUUUCCAUCAGUUUCCUGGGAAUGGUAAAUGGCUCUUUAUAGAAUUAUGCGCUUUUCAUUUUCUAUUUUAUUCGAUUUUAUUCAAUCCCAAAAAAAAAAAAUGAUCAAUAUCUUUAUGGGAAACACAUGUGAUUAAUUCAUAGGGAAAAUUGCAUACAAGCCCCUAGGAAAGGGCAUAUUUUUGUAUAAUGCCCAUCAAUAUCAUGUUCUUGUGUAUUCUCCAACAAGCACCUAUAUUUGUGUAGAUAUCCUUGU